AAAUAAAAGCAGUGGGUGUGAAAAACGCAUUUUGUUGUUUUGAAAUUUGGGGAAAGUGAAGCAGAUAACAAUUUGGCGGGAAUGGAAGGAAGCAUGAGCGAAAGCGAUGCGGUUUUCGAAUCGCUGAAUCUGAAUCCUCAACUCUUCAUCAACGAAAUUAUCAACACCGUCGAUGAUUGCUUCCUCGAAGCUUUCGAUUUCUUCUUCCAGGAAGCAUCCACAAAGCUCAACGCUGAAUCUACUCAAAGAUCUCAACGUCUCAGACAGGGUGUUGAUUGCAUUCGUGAAAAAGUUCAAUCUGUUUUGGAUCAAAAGCUUGCUGUUUGGGAAAAAUACUGCCUUUAUCACUGUUUUUCGCUUCCUGAAGGUUUUCAGUUGCCAAACACACUCAAUGAUGAAUCAAAUGGGAAUGAUAUUGUUCCUGAUGCUACUUCUGAUCACGAACUAGAUGCUCAGUUAGAAUCGUUGAGGAAAAAACUAGCUGAGGUUGGGAAAGAGUCUGAAAUGCUGAGUCAAGAAAUUCAUGCAUUAGAGAGGCCGUCUUCUCACAAUGCUCGGUAUAUCAACGAGGCAGUACAAUUAUUUGAGCAAAACUCGUACACUGAGUUGUUUCAGGAGAUUAUGGCAACCGCCUCAGAACUUCGAUUGAAGAUGGGAAAGCUAAACACCAACAUGAUUGAAGAGACCAGAAAAAUGGAAGCAAAAAGGAUUGACAACAAUAAAAUGGAUAUUUCUGCUAUAUAUGCUGCCAAAGGCCUCUCAAAUACGAAAUUAGAAUAUCUUCAAGAAUUUGUAACUCUUAUGAAGAGUACGUGAGCUUGUAUGUAUUUUUCAUCAACCCAGUUGGACUUAUGCUUGGUGUACCUGUAAUUGUUUAUUCAUAGUCUAUUAGUUAGAAUCUGCCUAUCCUAUGCUGAAAUUAAUGGAUUUAAAUUAUUUGUAGUCUUUGGCAAUUAUAUUAGAAGUUUGUAAGUGACAGGCACCUAAACUAUCUGUAGUUUUACGCAAUUUUAUUAGGAGUUCGUAAGUGACAGGCACCGAAGUGAACUUCCUGACAGGUUACAGGGAAAUACUUGUUUUUUUAUUUUUAUUAAUAUAAAUAUUUUUUUUCUGUCA